AUGAGUGUAUCUCUGGAAAACAGUCCAAUUUGGGUUCAAGUAGAACAUAAGGUUGACGGAAACUCGGGGACUGUGCCCUACCUGAUUAGCCCCAAGAAGGGCGAAACCGGCUGUGGGCUGUUAAAGAGUUUUCAGCAACCUUUUUCCUUUAUGAAAACCUGUAAGUCUCCUUCAACACUUGAGAAUGCGUUACGAACAUACAUUGAUCGCGAUGUCUUGAAUAUCGUAACGACUGAAACAUCAGACGGUCUGGUGCAGCACAUUCAGUUAAAACAUCACGUCACGAACAAAAGAUUCAGCUGGGUUCCAGUGUCAAACAUCAUCACCAUCGACAGCAUGACAUCAUCAGUGUUCAACACCGAUGCUUCACUGCCGUACAACCAUGAUUUAAUUGAAAGCCUUGUUGUAAAGAAAAGAAUAAAGUGUCUCCAACCAGGCACAAUAAGGAUCGCGCGGUCCCCAUCCUGGAAGGCGAGUAGCACCGACAGCACUCAAGCGUUUCGUGAUCUCCUUCAUACUCCUCUGCCAGGUCAUGGGUUGGCCACUUCUCUGUUUAUGCUAAUCUGA